AUGCCGCUCCCAGGAACGCAUCUCGCCCUCGUGGGCACAAUAUCACUUACCCUUCCCUCCCUCAUAUCCAUCUACCACACCAACCUUGGCCUCUCAUCCCCUCUAAUACCGUUCAGCCGAAUAUACGACACGUUGCAUUUCACCUACCAACCCCGCCCAAAAUUCAAGCUCUUGUCACGAAAAGAAUCGAUAGUGGGGCACUUGUUUCACCAUGUUGAUAUUGCUCACUGGUUUGGAAAUACCUACGCGAUACUUUCCUCUGGAUACUUUCUCGACCUUGGGCUUAUCAAAACCCUCGUACUGAUCAUUGGGGGCGGCGUGACGGGGGCGGUGACGCAUAUAUUGGAAUGGACUAUCAAGACAGGACCGAUACCUAUCCCUCUCGUACAAUCAGAGCCAGAGCCUACAUCGCUCUUGUCUGAUAUUGUGACGGAUGCUCAAAACCUAUUUACGUCUAUUUUUACGACGACGGCCCCAGCUCCAUUACGUACUCCUGAGCGGCUCCUUCCGCCGUCCACCUACUCGCUUUGUGGUGCAAGUGCCGCAGCGUAUGCGCUAACAGGAGCUGAGAUUGCGGCGAUAUUAUGGGCAGUCAAAGAAGCAUGGGGACGGAAAGGGAGGUCACGGAUAGGCGACCGAGAUCGAGUCAGGAAACUAAUUGUGGUUGCGCUUGGGAGACUGGUGGCCGUUGUUGCGCAAGUCGUGGCAAGCAUGGAGCCUGGACGACGGGAUGGACCGCUUAUUAUUGGUCAUGGUGCACAUUUGGGUGGAUUUCUGUUUGGAUUCAUUGUAAUGGGAUUUUGGCAGGCCAGGCGAUGGAUUUGA